AUGGCCAAGCAGCGUGUCGUCCUCGUCAUCGCCCUCAUGGCUGCUUGCAUUCUCCAUGCCGCCGCCUCCGAAACAAGCACCUCAGCCAAUUCGACGGUUGAUGCGGCCACGACAGUGUAUGGCGUCCUGCAGCAGAACAACCUGCCGCGGGGCCUCCUCCCACAGGGCGUGAAGUCAUACGUGCUCCACGCCGACGGCGCAUUGGAGGUGACCCUCCGCGGAGAGUGCAACUUUUUUGUCACUGUCGCCGGCAAGCAAUACAAGUUUCGGUAUGACCGCACUGUCAGCGGGAUCAUCAAGUCCGGGUCCAUCACCCGUGUAAACGGCGUGAGGAUGCAGGUGGCGUUCGCGUGGCUGGGCUUCAACCAGGUCAACCGCGCUGGCGACCAGCUCAGGAUCCAGCUCGAGACCUCCACGCAGUCAUUCCCCGUCAGCUCCUUCGCCCAGAGCCCCCACUGCAAUUAA